CUUUCUUUCUCUCUCUCUUCCCCUCCCUGCCGCUUUUGUUGUUGUUCCCCCUCCUCCCUCCGCUGCGAGCUUCCAGAAAGAAAAGGAAGGGGAAGAAAGCCACAAAGCUCUGAGUCGAUCUCUCUUAUCUUCUCCUCGCCAUGGCACGCGUCUUGCCUCUGAGCAUUGAACCAGGGGAGAUGACCAGAGGUGGUGAGGCCAUAGCAGGCAUGCCAAGCUCCUCAGCUGCGGUAUCGCACAAGGGAAUUGAGCAUUCUGAGCAGAACAUAAAGGAUGAUGAAUAUGCAAGGCUAGUCACACCAGCUCAGCAUGCAACAACUGACAUCAACACAGAAGUUAUACCCGAGCAACCAAAGUCAAGAUACUUCAUUUGGUGGAUGAAAGUUCUGCUUGUCUGCUUCCUUCUUAUAUUAGUAUCUUAUAUCUUCGUGAAAUUUGGGGUCCCCUUUGCCUUUGAGAAGGUUCUUUUGCCAAUCAUGCAAUGGGAAGCAAGUGCUUUCGGGCGCCCAGUAUUGGCUAUUGUCCUCGUCUCAUCUUUGGCUCUCCUCCCACUCAUUUUAGUCCCUUCCGGACCUUCUAUGUGGUUAGCAGGAAUGAUCUUCGGUUACGGUUGGGGUUUCUUGAUUAUUAUGGCUGGGACUACACUUGGCAUGGUGAUGUCAUAUUGGAUUGGCUCAUUGUUCCGCGAACGUCUACAUGCAUGGUUAAAGAGAUGGCCUCAGCAGAUAGCUCUAAUAAAGCUUGCUGGCGAAGGAAACUGGUUCCAGCAGUUUCGAGUCGUUGCACUGUUCAGAAUCUCACCUUUCCCGUAUACAAUUUUUAACUAUGCCGUAACUGUGACAGAAAUCAAGUUCAACCCUUAUAUAUGUGGUUCAAUCGCGGGAAUGAUACCUGAGGCCUUCAUCUAUAUCUAUAGUGGACGGUUAAUACGUACGUUGGCUGACAUGAAGUAUGGCAACUAUAAGAUGACGCCAGUGGAGAUAACAUACAACAUAAUCUCGUUUGUCGUGGCAGUUGUCCUCACAGUUGUCUUUACAGUGUAUGCCAAGAGAGCGUUAAACGACAUAAAAACCUCAGAUGAUAUCUGUGGAGAGGAACAACCUGUUGUCCCUUCAGGGUUGUAUGAACUCAAGAGUCACCGUCAGGGGGCCUCCCAUCCACAUCCUGUAGCCUUAGAUGUUGUAUGAUGUGUGUAUUCACCGGGAGCUGCAUGCAGGGAAUCCUGACGGAAAUGAGCAAUGGUGUCACCUGACGGCAAUGAGAAUUAAGAACCCUUCACUGAAUUAGUGCUAACCACCGUUCAUUUCUAGAAGAUGAACUCACUACAAUAGAGAUGACACCGCAAAACGUAUUCUCCGGCCUCAUCCCAGGCUGCGGGGAAGGGGUGAGGUGGUAUCGCUUGGCAUUGGUUUCUCCAGCAAAAGAGGUGUAGGUAGGCGGUGACAAAAGGUGGAUGCACCUGUCUAACCCAAUAUACACACCCAGCUAAUGUGAUUUUACUUGAUUCAGUUCAUGUAUUUAAUCACUAGGAUAAGUGAUCGGCAUGUGGUGUUGCUGGCCAGAGUUUAGUUCUGGCUGCUGACAGAUUGGGAAUUUAGCUUUGCCUUUUGGCGCAUAGCUUUGUUUUGGUGUUAAAGAUGGGGCGCAUCGAGUUUGCCACAUCAUUGUACUGGUAUCAGAUGUGCAUCGUGUGUAUCUGAACUUUGUGUUUGCUCCGUGUCCAAUGGCUUGUUCAAUCCUUCGUAGAAGAUAUCUUUCACUCCGUCA